UGUGACAGCGAGGCCCCCACCGCCACGAGCCCACGACUCAUCAACUGCUUCCAUUUUUAUACUGAUCCACAUCCACUCCCCCCGAUCUCCGCAGCUCACACACCGAAACAACACACAUCGCCACUAGCUCCCUCGAUCCGAUUCGGAUCGGAUCCAUGGCUAACCUCGCCGCCUCCCUCCUCUUCCUCCUCGCCGUCGCGUCGUCCGCCACCGUGCCAGCGCAUGGGCGCCGCGACCUCCUCCCGACUCGCAUCAAGCUGGUGAGGGGAGCCGACGCCGGCGCCGGCGCCGUGGCCGGCGGGGACAAGAUGGAGUGCGUGUACACGGUGUACAUCCGGACGGGGUCGAUCUGGAAGGCCGGGACGGACGCGAACAUCACGCUGGAGCUUGCCGGCGCGGACGGCAACGGGGUGGGGAUCACGGACCUGCCGUCGUGGGGCGGCCUGAUGGGGGAGGGCCACUCCUACUUCGAGCGCGGCAACCUCGACAUCUUCAGCGGCCGCGGCCCGUGCAUGGCCGCGCCGCCGUGCUGGAUGCGGGUGGCGUCCGACGGCACCGGCCCGCACCACGGAUGGUACUGCAACUACGUCGAGGUCACCGUCACGGGCGCGCACAAGGGGUGCGCGCAGCAGCUGUUCACCGUCGAGCAGUGGCUGGCCACCGACGCCGCGCCCUACAAGCUCGAGGCCAUCCGCGACAAAUGCUCCGCCGCAGGAGCGGGCGCCGCCGCGGCGUGAGCGAGUGACGCGGCCACGCCGUGGGAAAUAAGCUCGUACGUUAUCUGUGGUGAGUGGCAUCUGUAGACUGUGGGGGGGUGUUCAUGUUUUGAUUUGUAAAGAUGGUAAUCCGCGUGCGUUAUCAUGUACGGUGGAUGCUACAGACUAUCCGACUAAUAACUUUGCGAGUCGCCGGUGAUGAACCGGCGUUGUGUUUCCUCGGUUA